AUGAAACUUCCGGGAAAGUCGGGAAACCAGACACCGGUGAGGGAGUUCGUCCUGGAAGGGCUGCCAAUGGCCGGACAGCUCCCGCUCCUCUUCCUCCUCCUCUUCCUCCUCAUCUACUUGCUCACCCUGCUGGGAAACCUCGUCAUCCUGGUUGUCAUCCUCUGUGACCCGCGCCUCCACACCCUGCCCAUGUACGUCUUCCUCGCCCACCUCUCUAUCCUGGAUAGCUGCCUCUCCUCUGUCACUGUCCCCAAGGUCCUGGCCGGCUUAGUGUCCCCAGGUGGCAGGACCAUCUCCUUUGCAGGCUGUGUGGUGCAGCUCUAUGCUUUCCAUUUCCUAGCCAGCACUGAGUGCUUCCUCUACACAGUGAUGGCUUAUGACCGCUACCAGGCCGUGUGCCACCCACUGCACUAUACCACCGUGAUGGGCCGGAGGGUAUGCAUGGGGCUGGCAGCUGGCACAUGGCUCACUGGCUGCAUUCACGGUGCCAUUCACACCUGCCUCACUUUCCGGCUGCCCUACUGCGGUCCCCACCAGAUCGAUUAUUUCUUCUGUGACAUCUCACCUGUGCUGAAGCUGGCCUGUGCUGACACAGCUGCAGAUCGAACUCUCAUCCUGGCCAACAUUGGCGCUGUGAUAGCUGCCUGCUUCUUGCUGAUCUGCAUCUCCUAUGCCUACAUCGUGGCUGCUGUCCUGAGGAUCCGCACGGCUGAGGGCAGGCGUCGGGCAUUUUCCACCUGCAGUGCCCACCUCACCUUGGUGAUCCUGUUCUACGGUUCCUCGGCAUUUAUAUACCUGCGUCCCUCUUCCAACCAGGCCUCUGAUGGCAUGGUGGCCAUGUUUUACACUGUGGUCACCCCCAUGCUGAACCCCUUCAUCUAUUCCCUGAGGAACAAGGAGAUGAUGAGGGCCCUGAGAAAACUGGCUUGCAGGUAG